AUGGAGGAGUCGGACCUUCGCUUUCUGCAGGUGCAGAGAGCGGCCGUCGCCGACCCAGCACGAGCCUCCGAGUGGGCUGGAAAGAAACUCUGCUGGGUACCUCAUGAAAAGGACGGUUUCGUGGCCGGAUCUAUCAAAAAAGAGACGAACGAUGAGGUAAUCGUCGAAAUUUGCGAUACCGGUAAGACGGUCACGAUCAGUAAGGAUGACGUCCAGAAGGCGAAUCCUCCCAAAUUUGACAAGGUGGAGGAUAUGUCCGAGUUAACAUACUUAAAUGAAGCGUCCGUUCUGCACAAUCUUAAGGAGCGUUACUUUAGUUCUCUUAUUUAUACGUAUUCGGGUCUUUUCUGCGUGGUUAUAAAUCCAUACAAGCGACUGCCCAUUUACUCGGAAAGUUUGAUUGAGGAAUUCAAAGGGAAAAAGAGGCACGAAAUGCCACCUCACAUAUUUGCCAUUGCCGAUUCGGCGUAUCGUUCUAUGCUUCAAGAUCGCGAAGACCAAUCUAUUCUUUGCACAGGAGAAUCCGGUGCCGGAAAGACUGAGAACACAAAGAAAGUUAUCCAGUAUCUGGCCCAUGUUGCCGGUGCAACAAGAUCAAAAGGAGGACCACAACCAGGCACUUCGCCUGCAAAAGGUGAAUUAGAACAUCAACUACUGCAAGCAAAUCCUAUUUUGGAAGCAUUUGGUAACAGUAAAACUGUGAAGAAUGACAAUUCAUCACGUUUUGGUAAAUUUAUCCGAAUCAAUUUCGACAUGUCUGGGUACAUAUCCGGAGCGAAUAUCGAGUUCUAUUUGCUUGAAAAAUCCAGGACACUACGGCAAGCGCCGGAGGAGCGAAGUUUUCACGUCUUCUACCAAUUCUUACGUGGUACCACUCCAGCCGAAAAAGCAACAUAUCUUCUUGAGGAUAUCGAUAAAUAUCGAUUCCUCGUCAACGGGAACAUUACCUUGCCAAAUGUCGAUGACGCACAGGAAUUCCAGAGCACACUCAAGUCUAUGCGAAUCAUGGGAUUCGCAGAAGACGAGAUCACAUCGGUUCUACGUGUUGUAUCAGCAACCAUUCUUAUGGGUAAUUUUGAGUUCACACAGGAGAAGAAGUCAGACCAGGCGAUCCUUCCUGAUGAUAGAGUCAUUCAAAAAGUUUGUCAUUUGCUUGGCUUGCCAGUUAUCGAGCUGACCAAGGCUUUCUUGAGACCACGAAUCAAGGUUGGCCGAGAAUUCGUGAACAAGGCUCAAAACAAGGAACAAGCUGAAUUUGCCGUUGAAGCAAUUGCUAAAGCCUCUUAUGAGCGUAUGUUCAAAUGGCUGGUGAAUCGUAUCAACAAAUCCUUGGACCGAACUCGUCGUCAAGGAGCCUCUUUCAUAGGAAUUCUCGAUAUCGCUGGUUUCGAAAUAUUCGAACUGAACUCCUUCGAACAGCUAUGCAUCAAUUUCACGAAUGAGAAGCUUCAGCAGUUGUUCAACAAUACCAUGUUCAUUAUGGAGCAGGAGGAGUAUCAAAGAGAAGGAAUCGAAUGGCAGUUCAUCGAUUUUGGUCUCGAUCUGCAGCCAACAAUCGAUCUGAUCGAGAAACCGAUGGGUUUGCUGGCGUUGCUCGAUGAACAGUGCCUGUUCCCGAAAGCAACCGACAAAACACUUGUCGAAAAACUCCAGAAAACUCAUAGCAAACAUCCGAAGUUCAUUGUACCGGAUAUGCGUGCAAAGAGCGAUUUUGCUGUGGUUCACUAUGCUGGCCGAGUAGAUUAUUCUGCUGACCAAUGGCUAAUGAAGAAUAUGGAUCCUCUCAAUGAAAAUGUUGUCGCUCUAAUGCAGAGCUCAACAGAUCCAUUUGUCUGUGGUAUCUGGAAGGACGCUGAGUUUGCUGGCAUUUGUGCAGCAGAAAUGAAUGAGACGGCUUUCGGUGUCCGUGCCAAGAAAGGAAUGUUCCGUACGGUGUCACAACUUCAUAAAGAACAGCUAACACGUCUCAUGACAACGCUACGAAAUACCAGCCCUCACUUUGUGAGGUGUAUCAUUCCAAAUCAUGAAAAGAAGGCUGGCAAAAUCAAUUCGAUGCUUGUACUCGAACAGCUCCGAUGCAAUGGUGUACUGGAAGGUAUUCGUAUCUGCAGACAAGGUUUCCCUAACAGAGUGCCAUUCCAAGAAUUCCGUCAUCGUUAUGAGAUUCUUACUCCGAAUGUGAUACCACGAGGUUUCAUGGAUGGAAAGGAAGCUGUCAAGAAAAUGAUCGAGUAUUUGGAAGUGGACGCGAAUCUUUACCGAAUUGGUCAAUCGAAGGUGUUCUUCCGAACUGGGGUUCUCGCUCAUCUAGAAGAAGAGAGAGAUUUGAAGUUGACAGACCUCAUCGUUCAAUUCCAAGCUCAAUGCCGUGCAUUCCUUGCAAGACGCCUUUAUGUGAAAAGGAUGCAACAGUCGAGUGCCAUCCGUGUACUGCAGCGUAAUGGAUUGGCAUGGAUGAAGCUUAGGAACUGGCAAUGGUGGCGAUUGUUCACAAAGGUGAAACCACUUCUUCAAGUCACAAAUCAAGAAGCGGCAAUUUCUGCCAAAGAGGACGAGCUCCGUGUUAUACGUGAGAAGUUGGAAUCUGUUGAGGCGGAAUAUCGUGAGAGUUUGACGAAAGUUGAUCAGGUGAUGGCCGAAAGAAAUGUAUUGCAAGAUCAAUUACAACAAGAGACAGACAACAAUGCCGAACUGGAAGAAGUUAAGAACCGCCUCCAACUUAAGAAGAAUGAGCUCGAGGAGAUGGUCAAUGAAAUGCGUGACCGUCUUGUUGAAGAAGAGCAACGAACGGAAAAGAUGGGUCAAGAAAAGAAAAAGCUUGUUGAAACUGUUCGAGACCUCGAGGAACAACUCGAACAAGAAGAACAGGCUCGCCAAAAGCUCCAACUUGACAAAGCCAAUGUUGACCAACGAGUUAAGAACGUGGAAACGAAACUGGUUGAUAUUACUGAUGCUCAUGAUAAACUGCUCAAAGAGAAACGCAUGCUAGAAGAUAAGAUGAAUCAGCUCAAUGUGCAGCUUAGUGAGGAGGAAGAACGAGUAAAACAAGUAGCCAGACAACGUGGAAAGGUGGAAGGUCAUGUUCAAGAGCUCGAACAAGAGCUACUUCGAGAACGACAACUGAAGAGUGAGAUGGAACAACAGAAACGAAAACUGAUUACUGAACUCGAAGACAGCAGGGAACUGCUUGAAGAAAAGCGUAAUAAAUUGGAAGAACUCAAUGGGCAAUUGAUGAAGAGAGAAGAGGAAUUAUCGCAAGUGCUAACGAGGUCCGAUGAAGAGGCGGCGAACAUUGCUCUUCUCCAGAAACAGAUCCGCGACAUGCAAACAACGAUCGAUGAACUUCGUGAAGACAUUGAGACUGAACGAGCCGCGCGGAAUAAAGCCGAGAUGGCUCGCAGAGAAGUUGUUGCUCAACUUGAAAAAGUGAAGGGUGACAUGCUGGACAAGGUUGAUGAAACCAGCGUUUUGCAAGAUAUCAUGCGAAGAAAGGAGGAUGAAGUUCGAGAUCUCAAGAAAGCUCUGGAAUCGGCAACACAUGCGCUUGAGAACAAACUUGAAGAGCAGAAGCAGAAGUAUAAUCGCCAAAUCGAAGAGCUCCAUGAGAAAGUCGAGCAACAGAAGAAGAUCAGUUCCCAACAAGAGAAAUUCAGGCAUCAACUGGAUAACGAAAGAGCUGAACUUGCGCAAGAGUUAGCCACUGUUCAAGCCCAAAAGGCGGAAGCAGAUAAACGUCGAAAGCAUCAGGAAUCACAAGUGAUGGAUCUUCAGUCACAGCUUGCCGAGUGUGAUGAACACCGCAUGCAGGCCCUUGAGCAACUAGAUAAGGCUCGUGAAGAACUCGAGCAGCUUAGUCGUACUCGCGAAGAUGAAGAACAAAUGGUGUCGAACUUGAACAGGAAAAUUGCCACGCUCGAGGAGCAAUUGCAUGAGCUUAGUGAUCAAGUACAGGAAGAAACCAGAGCCAAACUGGCCCAGAUCAAUCGCGUCCGUCAACUUGAAGAAGAGAAAGGUGCCCUGAUUGAAGACAGGGAUGAGCUUGAUGCUGCUCGUCAACAUAUGGAACGUGACAUCAUGACACUGCGCCAACAGCUCGUUGAGGCCAGGAAGAAGGCUGAUGAGGGCGUGAUACAGCAAAUGGAAGAGCUACGAAAGAAGCAGAAACCCUCUAAUCAGCGACUGUUUUUAUUCUUGGAAAUCGAUAUUAACAUAUUCGUUUUGGGUGGUACAAGAUUUCUAUUCAAGGCUCAGCGCGACUUGGAAAAUUGCCAGCAUAUGCUAGAGGAGAGUGAAGCUGGCAAAGAACGUCUCAUGCAAAGUAAGAAGAAACUCCAACAAGAGCUUGAAGACGCCAAUAUCGAAUUGGAGAACAUUCGUACGGCUUCUAGGGAAAUGGAGAAGAGACAGAAGAAAUUCGACAUGCAGUUGGCUGAAGAACGAGCCAAUGUGCAAAAGGCAAUUCUUGAACGAGAUGCCCACGCACAAGAGUCCCGUGAUCGUGAAACGCGAAUCCUUUCACUUGUCAAUGAACUCGAACAUAUGAAGGGAGCCAUUGAUGAGACGGAACGUGUUCGACGCAUGUUGCAACUGGAGUUGGAUGAAUCGAUCUCCUCCAAAGAUGACGUCGGCAAAAAUGUGCAUGAGUUGGAGAAGGCGAAACGUCAGCUAGAGCAAACGGUCCAGGAGCAGAAGGCUGCUAUAGAAGAACUUGAAGAUCAGCUUGGUUUUGCUGAAGAUGCAAGGCUUCGCCUCGAAGUAAAUAUCCAAGCGCUCCGUGCGGAACAAGAUCGUAAUCUGACUGCGAAAGAUCUGGAGGCCGAAGAAAAACGCCGAAGUUUGGUGAAGCAAUUGCGUGACAUUGAACAAGAACUUGAAAACGAACGUCGUGGCAAAUCUGGUGCGAUCAGUCAAAAGAAGAAGAUGGAGGCUCAUAUCGCUGAAAUCGAACAGCAACUUGAUGUAGCGAAUCGGCUCAAGGACGAAUACAAUAAACAAUUGAAGAAGAAUCAGCAGAUGAUCAAGGAAUACCAACAUGACAGUGAAGAGGCUCGACAAAUGAAAGAAGAAAUUGCGUCGCAGCUAAGAGACAUUGAACGACGAUUGAGAUCUGCUGAAGCCGAAAAUCAACGCCUGUCCGAGGCAAAUGAAAUGCUCACGUCUCAGAAGAGACAACUCGAACAAGAGAAGGAUGAGCUGGAGGAGCACCGCGGUCGAGGAGGAACAUUCUCGUCGGAGGAGAAACGUCGCUUGGAACAGAAGUUGGCUCAGUUAGAGGAAGAGCUGGAAGAAGAGCAAAACAAUGCCGAGAUAGCCAUCGAUAAGCAACGGAAGGCUCAGCAACAGCUUGAACAACUCACCACUGAGUUGUCUAUGGAGCGUUCGGUGUCACAAAAGUCUGAGGCAGAGCGACAAGGUCUGGAACGUCAGAAUCGUGAGCUCAAGGCAAAGAUAGCUGAACUCGAGAGUACAGCGCAGUCACGAGCACGUGCUCAAAUUGCUGCCCUGGAAGCCAAGAUUCAAUAUCUCGAAGAACAAAAUAGCGCUGAGAGUCAGGAGCGCCACAAUGCCACCAGGCAGUUCAGAAGAAUCGAGAAGCGUCUUCAUGACACCAUUCUACAGCUUGAAGAUGAGAGGCGAAACGUCGAACAGCAGAAAGAAAUUGUGAGAAAUCAUGCAGAGAAAUGUAAUUUGCGAGCGAAACAAAUGCGUCGUCAACUUGAUGAACAAGAAGAGGAGAUGACACGAGAACGUGCCAAAUCACGAAAUCUCCAACGAGAAAUUGACGAUCUCACUGAAGCGAAUGACACGCUUACACGAGAAAACAACAACUUACGUGGUGGUGCGGCAAGGAGAAAUCGUGAGAACAUUCGGCUCCGAUCAGCCUACCAAAUACCUGGAUCUAGUGACAAUUUAACUAGAAACGACGAUGAAGAUGGUAGCAUAGGAACUGAAGGUGAAUCCGUUUCCUAA